CGCAGCGGACUUUGGACUGACAAACACAACGGCUCGCUGAGCGACUCCCUCAGAACAUGUGUGAAGAACCGAACAUGUGUGAAACCUGAGUCCUGGAAAGAACCACCCGAAUCAGGACUGACGGAGCCGAAGAUGAACCCGAGAUAACGGUUCGGUUGAUGAUGGAGCUCGGAAACGGGUUCACAGCGGAUCCGAAUCAAAACAACAACACAUUUACACGAGCGCAGGUAUCUCGCGCCAAUCCGGAUCCUUCCCAUAAAAGGAGGAGCUUCCCGAAAUGGCUGUUUGGCCUCAUCUUCAUCAUCAUCAUCCUUAUCUUGGCAGGAUCUUCAUGUCUUAUCUGGUACUUUCUGGAGUACAGGGUCUGGGUGCUGGAGCCGCGGGUGAUUCAGCAGUACACGGCCAGUGUUUCCAUACUGAAUAAGAACUUCUCUGUGAGCCUGUCCAGUCAUGAGAGCUCAGAGUUCAGAGCGGAGGCGACGUCUGUGCAGAACAUGGUUGAGAAGCUGCUGAAGUCCACAGACUUGUCCAGAUACUUCAACUUCACAGCAGUCUUCGCCUUUGGGGAGGGCAGCGUGGUGGCACACUUCUGGCUGCACCUGUCGGUUCCCGUCAGUCACGUGGAGAAGGUGAGCGUGGCACGGCUGAACGUGAGUGUGUUCAGAGAGCUGCAGCGCUUCACCGACGCCCAGCAGAUCAGCAGCUACGAGGGUUUCCAGCUGCUGCUGCCGUCGCUCAGCAUCACCGAAACCAACCCCAAAGUUAUAGAUCUUUUUCAAGCCACUUUUGACUGUUACCGCUACACGUCGCUGCUCUCCACGGAGCCCGUGCUGCUGGAAGGGCCGAACACGCAGCGCUCCUCGUGUCUGUGGCACCUGAGGGCCCCUGCGGGGUCCCGUCUGGAGCUCAGGGUCGAGUGGCUCCUGGCGGAGUGUCGUGACCGACUGAUCAUCUAUGACUCUGUCACGCCAGCAGACUCUCAUCUCAUCACCUCGCUGUACGGAUGCAGCCGGUAUGAGCAGACGGUGCAGCUCUUGUCGUCUGCUAACUGGAUGACGGUGGUUUGGAAACAGGGUCUGUACAAUUACGAGGAUACAUUUUCUCUGAGCGCACGGGCCUGGCCGGACCAGGAAUGUUCCUACAGUGUUGUGUUAGAGAAGAAAGACGGCAUCCAGGGGAUUUUACGGACCCCCUUCUACCCCAGUUAUUACCCUCCCGACACCAACUGCACGUGGAUCUUCACUGUGCCGUCGGUAGAGUUUGGUCUGACUUUGUUCUUUGAAGGAUAUGAGCUGAACCGCGCGAGUUACAGCCAGACGUGCACGCAGGGCAGAUGGAGCAUCCAGAACCGCAGGCUGUGCGGCGUCCGAGGUUUACAGCCGUACGCGGAGCGGAUCUACCUGCUGUCCUCCAGCGUCACCGUGUCCAUGACGUCUGAGGUUUCGCUCACCGGCCCGGGCCUACAGGUUCACUACAGCGUCUUUAACCAGUCUGAUCCUUGUCCCGGUCAGGUGCUUUGCAACAUAAACGGUCUCUGCGUGCCGGCGUGUGACGGUAUAUCAGACUGCGCCAACGGCCUAGAUGAGAGAAACUGCGUGUGUAUCGCUCAGUUCCAGUGCUCAGAGGACAGUCAGUGUGUUGACUACUAUAAAGUGUGUGACCAGCACCCGGACUGCAGUGAGGGCAGUGACGAGAACAACUGCACACAUGGUGUACCAUGUUCUGAUAUGACGUAUGUAUGUGGAGAUGGGACGUGUCUAAAGAAGCCAAACCCAGAAUGCGACUUCAUCACAGAUUGUCCUGAUGAAUCUGACGAGAAAUACUGUGACUGUGGACUGAGGCCAUUCAGCAGCCGUGUGGUGGGUGGGGCCAAUGCAGAGGAGGGGGAGUGGCCAUGGCAGGCCAGCCUGCAGAUCAGUGGGCAGCACAUAUGUGGAGGGGCUUUAGUCUCCGCCCAGUGGGUGGUGUCUGCGGCUCACUGCUUCUACGAUGACAGAUUCUUCUCCCCGUCUGUGUGGACCAUCUAUCUUGGUAAACUGCGUCUCAAUGGCAACAGUCAGUCGGAGGAGGCCGUUCGAGUGUCGCACAUUCACUUGCAUCACUACUAUGAUGAUGAGACUCACGACUAUGACGUGGCGCUGCUGCGGCUGGUGCGGCCUGUGUGGUCGGGCACUCUGGCUCAUCCGGUCUGUCUGCCGCCCGUGACGCACCAGCUGGAGGCUGACCUGCUGUGCUGGGUGACGGGAUGGGGAGCGCUGCGGGAGGGAGGGGCAGUGAGUGACGUUCUGCAGAAAGUAGACGUGCGAUUGGUCAGUGAAGAUGCAUGCGUGCGUUCGUAUGGUUACCUGAUCACUCCCAGAAUGAUUUGUGCUGGUUAUCGCAGUGGAGGGAAAGACGCCUGUCAGGGCGACUCUGGUGGUCCGCUGGUGUGUCAGGAACCGUCUGGACGCUGGUUUCUGGCCGGUGUGGUGAGUUGGGGAAGAGGCUGCGGACGGCCUGAUUAUUACGGAGUGUACACGCGUAUCACCAAACUCACCGGAUGGAUCAAGCGCCUCAUUUCUUCUUGAGAAGCACUAUCUGAACUCAUCUGGGACCAUCAAAGACCUUCAGUCUCCAUAAACCACUUUCCAGCACUCGGUCUUUGUGCUCUAAGCUUCAUGGGAAAUGUGGUUUGAUGAAGAUAUCAGUCAUGUGGAUGUGUAGAAUUGAGUUUAGGUUCAUAAAGAUUCACUCUGUUCGACUGGACUAAACAAUAUAACCUCAUUCAAUAUCAGGAUUUAUUUUUAAUGUUUAUUUGUAAUUAUUUAGACAUCAGCCACAACAUGAAAAUAAUUUUUGACUUGUCACCUAGAAAUUCAAUAUAGCUGCAUCCCUGAUGAUCAGAUUUUAGCAGAGCUCUUAAAAUGACUUAAUGCAAAACUGAAGGAUUUGUCAUCAUUUACUCAUGUUUUUCCAAACCUGUAAGACUUUCAUUCUUUCGUGGAAACCAAAGUGAGAAAUUCUGAAGAAUGUAAUAGCAGCCUGUGGUGAUGACAUGAGCGGGGAAUAAAUGAGGCAGUUUUCGUUUUUGAGUUUACUUUUCCUGUAAAACUCUCUUUGUUGUAGAAAAGCAGUGCUUUAUGUAGCUGGCAAAUUGUAAGCAAGGUUAGAAUGAAUGUAUAAGCAACACAAAUUCAUAUUUGCUGGAACAAAUAAAGCCUUUGUACAAAG